UCAAUGGCCUCAUCUCUAUCAUCACAGCUAGCCAUGAAAGAGAGUUCACUAAGCCUUCAAGAACUUGCCAAAGUGCCUAUGCUUACCAUUCCAAAUCGCUAUAUUUGUGUUAAUCAAGAACCCACAAUUUCCUCUUCUAAGUCCAACCCAUCAAUCCCCACCAUUGAUCUCCAAGCUUUACUCAUGGAAGAAACCAAGGAUCUUGGGCUACAAAAGCUACACUCAGCUUGCAAAGAUUGGGGCAUAUUUCAGCUAGUGAAUCAUGGAGUCAACCCUUCAGUCCUGGCAAAAUUAAAGAAUGGAAUUGAAGAAUUUUACAGCCUUCCCCUGGAAGAGAAAAUGCUAUACAAAUUCAGGCCUGGUGAAGCUGAAGGCUAUGGCCAAACCAUUGUCUUCUCUGAUGAUCAAAAAGUUGACUGGGCUGAUAGGUUUUAUAUGAUCACCAACCCUAUUCACAAAAGGAAGCCUCAUCUACUUCCUAAGCUCCCUUCAUCACUCAGGGAGGCCCUAGAAGCUUACAUAUUGCAAUUGCAAGAUCUUUCAAGAACACUUCUAGGGUUUAUUGCUCAAACAUCAAAGAUUGGGAAGAGAGAAAUGGAAGAUAUGGCUGAGGAUGGGAUGCAAUCCAUGAGGAUGACAUAUUAUCCGCCGUGUCCUAAACCGGAACUGGUGACCGGGAUUACGCCGCACUCCGAUGCCACCAUGAUCACUAUCCUCCACCAGGUUAACGGCGUUGAUGGGUUGCAGGUCAAAUCUGAGGAUGGGAAUUGGAUCCCAGUGGAGUUCCACCCUGAUGCCUUUGUUGUCAAUGUGGGCGACAUUCUAGAGGUUUUCCCUACUUAA